AUGACGGAUCUAGGCUCGUACAUGUAUCAGUCGCCAGGAUACUGCCAACAACAAUGUGUCAACCAAACCAAGGCAGUGAUGGGCACAACCCUGGGAUCUAAUUGCUGGUGUGGUGAUCUGCUUCCGGCGUCGAGCAGCAAAGUCUCAGAUUCUGAGUGCAGCUCAAAAUGUUAUGGGUACAACUUGGAUACAUGUGGCGGGCCCAGCUCUUGGUCCGUCCAGCUAACUGGAGUGAAUAACAAUGUUGCGAGCCAAAGCUCUAACUCAGAGUCGAGCUCGGAUUCCAGUUCGACUUCGAAUUCGGAUUCGGAUUCAAAUGGCAGUGCAGCAUUCUCAUCGUCGUCGACGUCAUCAGCUGCAGCAUCACCAACAAAAAAAGGGCCUCCGUCCGUCGUCACCAAGGCUAGCACUAUCAUAGUGACUGCCGCCGGUCAAACCACCCCACAAGAGACGAUCAUUACCACGACACAAGCUCCUUCCUCGAGUGGGCCCAAUAAAGCUGGCAUUGCGGCCGGCGUGGUCGCCGGCGUAGUCGCUAUAAGUGCUAUAGCUGGAGGGAUCUUUUUCUUCCUCCGAAAUCGCAAGAGACGAGCAGUUGAAGCGGAGUAUCGUCGCAAUGUGGCGGGUGACUACGGUGCGAAGCCCCCGACUAGUUCUGCUGGGUCAGUGUCGGAUGCCAGGCUAGAGCCCUCAGUCAUGAUGCAGAGGCGGCAAAGUGAUGGCAGCAUAGCAGACAAUCAAGAUUACUCGAGGAGGAUAUUAAAGGUCACGAAUCCUGAUGGCACGUGA